UUUGCUUGCUGAUCGAUCGAUCCAUGGUUGUGUUUGGUUUCUUCUUCCCCAGGACGGCGCCUCCGCUGCUCCGGAAUUCAGUAGUACCGGCUCCUCCGCUCCCUUCCCCGCCAGCGCCGCCCCGUCGCGCAUGCCAAAUGCUGGACUACCUAGAAGGGAGAUGGAAGCUUCUUGUUCGAUAAUUGCACAUGAACUGCACGCUGCUGCAAAGAAAUCUUUGUUUCAUCAUUUCCAACAAGCAGUCGUAGAGGAAAUCAUGAAAAUUUUAUGCCCUCAGCAUGUUGCUAAUGCUAGUCAGGAACCAGCAGAUCCUAUAUCUGAAUCUAUGAUUAGGAGACAACAUGUUUCGAAAUUGACUACAAAUGAAGCAGUUAUUCCAGAUGCCACUGAGGAUAACUUGCCUUACUUGGCACUUGUAUGGCCAGACGGGAAUCAUGUUUCUCUGAAGAAACUUCCCAAUUAUCUUUCGGUACAAAUAAAAGAUUUCUUGGACAAUUCAGCUCCUGUAGCGAGCACUCAGAAGGCCAGCAUGAGUGAGGAACAUUUUUCCUCUAGUGAUGGAAUGAGGGAAAGCAGGCCACAUCAUAAGAAACAGAGGAAUCUGAUUGAUCAGGAAUCACCUACCAAUGCAGACGCGUUCCCCACAAGUCCUCUCAAGAGAAGAAAAUUUGGAGACAUGUCAAGUCAGGCACCAAGUGAGCCAAAUCAUCCGAAAGGGAAGCAUCCAAUUGAUCAGGCAUCACCAUCCAACGCUGAUACUUUACCCAAAAGACCGCUGAAGAACGAAAAACGUACAAGGCUGAACAUGGACUUGAUAAACACUAAAAAGGAAAAGCGCAUGAGUUACGACAGAAAAAAGAAAAUGUUCCUGACUUCAUGCAGAUCAAACGGUAGCGCGCGGACUUCCAUUGAUGGAUUGCAGUGGCGUGAGUCGUCACGAAAAGCCACCCAAGAGGAGAAAGACAGGGUUAGAGGAUGGAAGGCUACAAAGCAAAGUCUGAGCAUCAUUACAAAGCGAAAUCUGGAGGUUGAGGCCCGAGCUUCUCGCGCAAGAGUGCGAAACAUGUUGGCGAGAUUUGAAUGUCCCCAGCUUGUAAACUAUAUACAGAUGAAGGCUAGGAGAAAAAAAUUGCGUGUUGAAAGGAGCAAGAUCCAUGAGCUUGGAGUUAUGGCUGUUACCGAUAUUAUGAAGGGAGAACUCAUUGUGGAAUAUAUUGGAGAACGGAUGCCCAAGUGGGUUGCAGAUCUACGUGGACUUCGAUAUGAGAAGGCUGGUAAAGGUGACUAUUUCUUCAAGAUUGAUGCUGGUCUUGUGAUUGACGCUACUUUGCGGGGUGGGAUCGCUCGAUAUAUCAAUCAUUCUUGCGAGCCAAACUGCGAGACGCGAGUGAUCCUUUCCAAUGGACAGAGGAGAAUAUUCAUUUACGCAAAUCAGAAAAUUAAGGCGGGUACAGAGCUCACAUACGAUUAUAAAUUUCCUUUCGAGGAGAAUAAAAUUCCAUGCUCAUGCGGUUCAAAGAGGUGCCGCAAGUCAAUGAACUAGGAAGUAGAAAUGACAAGGUUUCACUGGUGGCUUCGAGUAACUCAAGUUCAUUUAUAAAUUGGCCACUGAGCUUACUAGCAGGUUCUCUGAUUUUAAUAAAGCUGGCCAUCAUGAUGGCCUUCCCUAAAAAGAAAACUUUGCAGAUGGGUUUAAUGCACCCUAAAAAACUGUCAUGGACAAAGGACAUUACAUGUUUUAUUAUCGUGUUUGUAUGUACUUGCAGAUUAUACUUCUAUUUUCAUGUCGGUGAUCAUAUGGUAAUAUGUUUACACCACAUGGUAACAUAAAACAGACAUUAAAUGAUAUUGUGGCAGCUUAUCAUGCAUGUGUUUAGGCUAUUAAUGGCUUCGCAAAUUGACAUCAUUAGCCUUUUUUAUACAAUAACUCAAAGUAACAUCAAUCAUGAAUGUAAUUGUAAUAGCCGCGAGUGCUGUAGCAGCACUGUUCACGUGGGUGUGGUGUUCAUGGAAACGUAGCACUAUGGUACUAUCCAUGUGAAUCCAUUGGCAGUGGCAGCCUUAUCGCUAGUUAUUAGUGGCUUAAUCCUCCAUAUCGAUUUGAAUUCUAUCGUAUCAUUAUGUUUUUUGUGUGCAUUAUUUACGUCUACACCUAGUCUAUUAGGAGCCCCUUAUAAAUAAGAAGGCAUUUUAUCCUGUUCGGCUUCGUUAAGCGAAGAAAGAACAAAGAAGUAUUCCUCAGUCUGCUUUUCUCUUUUUACUAGUGUCUCGUCCACCUUCUAACUCGCCGCUCAGACUAUUUUGGCACAUAAUAAUUGCAUCUUUAUAGGCCCAAGGUUUCUGCACAGCAAGUCCCAUAAAUCGGCUCUAAAACACAAUACCCUUCUAGUUGAGCUGGGAGCAGUACAACAAAACUUCAUGUAAUGAGCACUAUAAAGAGACUCCAUGGCCAUGGGUAUGUUUGGAUGUUGGUGAAAAUCUACCCUACCAACUUUUUGGUCAUGGCGAAAUAAUUGAUCUUUGUUUGAACGGUUGGUUGCCGAUACCUCUUUGACCACUCUAAAUCAUUUUCUAGCCAACUCAUUGGCAAGCAAAACCGUAAACAAAGUUUUGGCUAGCCAAAUGUUUGGUACGGCGAGGUUGGGCUCAACCCAAACAUUUAUAUCUCCUUCUAGAUCACAUUCUGGAAGAUAAGUUAUAUGAUGAAUAUGGCGUUGCCCGUGGGAGUGUCCACAAACCAGUUUGAAGCAAGUAUUGCUGCAUAUAGCGAGCACUAUAUCACUUUCAAAGUACCUGAGUUCUGUAGAAUAAAAAAGGGCUAUGAAAUGUAGAUAGCAAAAAUGGUUGGAAAUGCUCAUUGUGGUUUCCAAUCAUUGGUGUUCAAAAAGACAAAACUCAAACGUUGUAGAACCAAAUGCCUAAUCUAGUAGCUACCAAUCUACCAUAGCCGAGAAUAUCCAGAGAUGAACCCGCAGCCUUUCUAAGUAAUGAUUAUAACACAAACAAAAUUACUUGAUGCAAGGGUAUUUGUUAUCUUGAUCCUUUGAUAACCAAGGAACAUGACAGAACUAUCGGAUGAAUGAAAUUACUGGGACAAAUUCAUAAUUAAUGUGCAGUUUCACAUUCGCAGCAGUCCAAUUAAUUGGAAUGCAGUCCAAUUAAUUGGAAUUGGUAUUUGAUCUAAUAAAUAAGAAAAUACUAGUUAGUUGUGCAUUUUGGAAGCCUGUUGAUCCUAAUAGACAAAUACAACUCACAGUUAAUUAAGGCAAUUAACCGUUCCUAGCUGUCAAAGCUUGUAACAUUCCCCAAUAUUUGGAUGGUUAUAAUGAAACUUUUAAAUGCCAUUCGAUUUUUCCCUUUUAUGGACUCAAUAAGCAUAUAUCAUUGAUAUGGUGGUUUUCAGUUAGGUGUGCAAAAUCGUUUAUUUAAUGUUUUCCUUUUCUUUUGGCGAGUAUUAAAUGGUUGUAAAACAGGGUGGCACUGGCAGUUAUUAGACUGGUGUUUCCUUUUUACAAAACUAUGAUACCAUGAAGAUGUUUCACAUAUUCUCCUCAGUGUGAAAACUCCAUUUGCUAUAAACAAAUCUGCUUGCCUUAUUUGUCGCAUUAAACAUGCAUAGAGAUAUAGCAGUGUCAAUACAAGAUGGUUUCCAAAAUAAUGACUGCUAACUUGCUAAGUGCUAACUAUCAAAUGACAACCAGCAUGGCACUUGAAUAAUCCACCCCUUUCAUGAGCACUUUAUUUUUGUGUAUGGUUGAUGAAUAAAAGCCUUCCACUAAAUUUAAGGUACCAGUAAAUUUGCAAUGCUAUAAUAGUAUAAUUAGCGCUACUUGAUUUGCGCAAAAAAAAUAUGGUCAACUGCCGAUUUGCCAAGAAAAGAACAAAUAUGGAUAUGAAAGGAAUUUGGAAUCAGACCAAACACACAUGUAAUCAUUGACCAAAAGUUUGGAAGUGUUGACUCAAAAUGUGACAGACACUUCUGCAAGCAUUGACAAAUAAAUGUCAUUUGUCCUUUUUCACAUCUAAGCAAUAAUGAUUCUGUUGUUUGGCAGAAAAAAUGUGACAUGUGUAACUUAGUUCAUGUGUGUGGGUCUGUCAUCAUUAUUUUGAUAAAAACACACACUUCUAAUUGCAUGAUGGUACAUUUCUGAAAAGUGCAUCUGCUUUAUAGAAAACAAUAUGGGGAGUU